AGGAGAGGGCGAGCCUCGCCCGGUGCCCACGCGGCCGCGGGGCUGCGCCCGCCUUUGUCUGCCUCCUUUGUCUGCCCCGCGCCCUGGCGGCGGCGCCAAGGCCUCGGGGGAGCGGGCGGCGAUCGGUUAGCGCAGCUGGCUAGGGCGCGGCGCCCGCAGCGCACCGGGCUCGGCCGGGCAAGGGGCUGGCCCUCGACGGGGGGUCGCGAAGCCCCGCGGCCCCUCCUACGUCCCCUCCCCGAGCGCCGUCCCCGCCCCUCGCUCCCUCCCUCCCUCGCAGCCCCGCGCAGUCUCCCGCCGCCCGAGCACCUUUCGGCGCCGUCCCGCUCUACCCUCGGCUGUGCUCGGCUCCCGCAGGCGCUCGGCCCUGAGUCCUCGGUCCCCUCCCCGGCCGCUGGACAGGGAGAGCCAAUGGCAGGGUCCACUGUCUGCAAGAUCACCUUACUGUUCCUGGUCCUGCUAUGCCCGGAGCUCCACGUGGCAGGCACCCUUGCAUCUGGAUCCUCUCCCCGGAAUCUGCCUGAAACCCAACCCCACCUCCCCAGCUCUACACUGUGGGUGCCUCAGCCCAGUCAUCAUGGCCGGCGGGGCCUGGGCAAGAAGGACAGGGGCCCAGGCAUGCCCAGCCGGGGCCAGGAGGGGGCUGUAGUCACCGCCGCUAGGCAGGCUUCCCGGAUAACGCUUGGGCAGCGCCCUGCCGGCCUUCUGCAGGACAAGGGGCUGCUUCUGGGGCUGGCAUUGCCCUAUCCUGAGAAGGAGCCCCGGUCUUCUGGGUGGGAGAGGAUGAAGAAACGUGGCAGAGAACACAAGAGACGCAGGGACCGGCUGCGCCAGCACCGAGGACGAGCUGCCAUCCGCGGGCCCAGCUCCCUAAUGAAGAAGGUGGAACCUUCUGAAGACCAGAUGCUCGAGGCUGCGACAGAGGAGUCUUCUACCAGCCUGGCCCCAACCAUGCUCUUCCUAACCACAGCAGAUGUCGCCACACCUACCCCAGAGGAGUCCCGGGUCCUGCCUGUCACUUCCCUGCGGCCCCAGGCGCAGCCCAGGUCUGAUGGGGACGUGAUGCCCACGCUGGACAUGGCCUUAUUUGACUGGACUGACUAUGAGGAUUUAAAGCCAGAGGUCUGGCCUUCUGCAAAGAGGAAAGAGAAACACUGGAGUCAGUACGCCAGUGAUGGUAACGAGACGUCGCCAGCUGAGGGGGAACCGUGUAACCAUCACCAGGAUUGUUUGCCAGGAACUUGCUGCGACCUCCGGGAACAUCUCUGCGCGCCCCACAACCGCGGCCUCAACAACAAAUGUUUUGAUGACUGCAUGUGCAUGGAAGGGCUGCGUUGCUAUGCCAAAUUCCACCGGAACCGCAGGGUCACUCGGAGGAAGGGGCGCUGCGUGGAACCUGAGACAGUCAACGGGGACCAGGGAUCCUUCAUCAACAUCUAGCGCCCUAGCGGUGCCUCCCCACAGGCCGGGGUUCUGAGCUAGGGAAGUUUGGACAAAUAAGACCGCGUCAGUAACUAGCUCAGCUUGGGGCUGCGUGGGGGAUCCAGUGACUGAGGCUGCCGGUGCAGCCCCGGUUCACUCAUCCCCAAGCUGGGUGAGGGCUUGGUUGAGAGCAGCUGUGUCUGCCAUCCCAGGUGGUACCCACGCAGCUCACGGAGCCCGCUCUACGUGAUAGUCGUGUCGAGCGCGCCCUCUUCUGCUUGACAUCAGCAUUACAGCAGCUUCAAUUUGGAAAAUUAAGAGUUUUUUCCCGGCCUGGAAAGGAUUGGAAAGAGAGGACACCCAACGGGAGUGGCUCUGGAAUACUCUGUCCCAGGCAAACGCCAAGCACCACCUUCAUUUUUACUGAAUUUCCACAGAGACCGCUGAAGCACUCUUGAGUUGCGAGACCUGUGCAAGGUCCCACGUCACCCAUGAUCCUCCAUCUUCGGCAGCAGACACAACUUGACUGUCUUCAGCCUUUCCCAACAGAAACUUAUCAUCUUUUUGAGAGACAUGGUCUCACUCUUUGGCCAACCUGGCCUUUGGAAACUCAGACAAUCCCCUGCCUCUGUCUUCCAAAUGCUGGGAUUACCAGGAGUGAGUCAGCAUAUUUGGCAGGUGUAUCCUCCUUAAAAUCAAAGCAUGGGGCGGGGUGGGGUGUGGCUAACCCUAGUUUCCACCCCCAAACGUGGUGUCAAAGGCAGAUGGUGCUGGAGGAUCAGAAGUUAAAGGUCAAGUGUGAGGUCAGACUCCAGGAGACUGUGUCUCAAGCAAAACAAAAUAAGCCAUUGGCCAAGCCUGCACAGGGCCCUGGGUUUGACCUCCACUCGUUCUCCUCCAUUCCCGCUUCUUUCCCCAGCCCCCUACACACGGGGGAUGCGUUCAGGUGAAGAAGGGUCCCUGUGAAAGGUCCUUCCCUCUGACAAGUGCUAGUCACAGUCAUGAAGUGGCUGGGGUAACUUUCCUGGUGUGGGCUGGGUCAUGGGGUCGCUCCCUCCUAAGUUGUCCUCAGAGCGUCUCUCCCCCUCCCCCCGCUGGAAGGGCAAGCACAUGCCGCCCUGAGUUCACUUGACACGAUGUUUGGUGACUCCCAAACUCCCUAAGACCAUCUCUGGACUCCAUCCCUUCACUUCAGCAACAAUGCCCCUCGGAAAGGGGGGCACUUCCAAGACUGUGCAGCCUUCAUGCUCACAGGUUAGAACCAUGAUGACAGCCUCACCAUUAUUGCCACCGCCCGGAAUGUGUGUCCCAGAAGAUCUGGAGCCACCUGAGGAGCCACCUCAGGAGAACCCUUUAGACCCUUGCUCCUGGCAUCUCCCUCCUGGUCAACCUUUGCAAAGGAAAAAAAAAAAAAAAAAGCCUUCCCUGCCCCCACCCUCCCCAGCCUGGACCACAUCCAUGGGAUGCCAGGGCUGUUUACGGCUUUGGGGUAACCAGUCUGGUCCAGGGAUCAGGCACCAAGGAAAACAAGCAGAUCUAGAAGAAAUCAAAUAUGCUUGUUCUUCUUUCUCAAGUUGGGUCUGAUAGGCCUGGGAAUGGGGGUCAGGGCCAACAGCCGGAAGGAUCAAAGUGGCAAUGGGAAAGCAGAUUCUAAGGCAGAUUCAUUUUCCUUUCUGUAGUACCAAGGCCUUGCACGGUCCAGGCAAGUGCCCUGCUGCCGAGCUACAUGCUAACUGGUCUGGGCUUCGAAGUCUCCAAAGCCUCCCCAGGGGGCUGCCAUGGCAGCCUGAGAACAUUGGUCCCCUGCCCUCCUACCUGCUGCAGCAUACUGCUAUACACAGCCUGCGCCUCCUCUCACACUUUGCUGACCUUACGGAAGUUGCUCACGGUCUCUGUGCCUUGACUUUUCAAAGAAAUGAAAAUGCCUGAUUCUUAAAACAGUGCCUGGCCCAUAACACACACACACACACACACACACCACCUAGAGUACCAGCUAGCCAACUUCAGCAGGCCUUCAUUUCCACAGUGAUCCAUCACAUACUCAAUGAUGCUUUUUUUUUUUUUCUAAGUGGUGUCUCACUAUUCGUCUCUGGCUGACCUGAAACUCACAAUGUAGACCAGGUUAGCCUGGAACUCACAGAGACCCGCCUCCUCUGCCUUCCAAGUGCUGGGAUUAAAGGUUGCACCACCAUGCCCGGUUCAGGAUGCUUUCUGUGAUUGCUCCAAAGUGCACUUCACAAUGGAUGUAGUGGCCUCCUUCAGCCUUCCCCAGAGCAUCCUCAAUGAGGAGAAUGUUUAGAAAGUAAGGAAGGAACCAAGAGCCCAGGGGUGCCGGGAAAGUGGGGUCAGGAGAGGUCAGCAGCUGAGGCUGCCCUUUGAGGGUCCUGGGGCGGGACUACAUUAACACUGGCCUUCCAUGCAGCCUUCACGCUCACAGACCAUAGCGAGUGGGUGCUAACAGGCCAUAGAUACUGUGCGUACACAGAAAAGGGGUGGUCAGGGUGAGCAGACUGCACGCAGAACAAGGGGUUUUCACUGCAGGGAGUGGGGUUUCCAAAGCCCCAGGAAGGGCAGGUGGUCUGGGACAGAUCUAUGACCGAGCCACCCCGGGUUGCAAAGUUCCAGCAUCACCUGGGAGUCUGGUAGAAGCACAGACUCUUGGGUCCCACUCCACACCUACUGAGCUGCAAUCACAGGAGUGGUCCCCAGCACCUGGCUUCUAACACGUUCUCCAGGGCAUUCUUGGGUGUGGUGGGUGUGAGGACCACAGACGGAAGACAGAUGCCAGCGGUGGGGACAUUAGGACAAUUCAGUACUCUUGUGUUCACUAUGGCUUGGCGACUCUGAGGUCUGUUUCUUGGCAAUUGACCAGCAAGGACAAACUCCGCGAUCCAAGGCCUACCUCCUUGACUGCCAUUGGCUCUGCUUAGAAGACACCAGGUAGGGCUCCUAGGCCCGGAGUCUCCAUCACUGGACGUGUGUACUCUUGGGAAAUGCCUUGGAGAGCUAUAGCUCCUCCCUGAAAUGUGGGAACGGCAAGGGAGGGGUACUAUGGUCUGUAAUGCCAUAUUGCAUGUAUUCUCUGAGCUGUAAAUAAAGAGGCGACAAUUGCUAAGCCAC